CUCCCGCCGAAUAUAUCGAUCGCCAGCACCUCUACACCCCCAUUCAUUUACACCAUGGCAGAAGUCAACGGCCGAAAAAGGAAGAGGACUGGCGAUGAGAAGUCCAAGCCCAAAAAGAAGGCGGCAAUUGCCCCCGAGAUGGCGGCGACAUCCAUCCACAUCACCUCCAUCACCAAGGCCCAGCACUGCCCUCCCGUGAUUGCUUCUGCUCCCGGACUUCAGCUACAGAAAAACGUCCCGUUUCGCCCCUACCAGAAGAGACCAAAGUCGUCGACCAAAAAGUCCCGCCGGCCACCCGCCUCGGCGCAAGAACUCGUGCUGCAUUCGGCCAAGCAUCGGACCGUCGACCUCACGGCAAGAGAAGAAGGACCGACGGGGAAUGGCGGCGAGCCACUGCAGAAGCAAUACCUUGCUAUUUUCGACCCCCAAACGGGCAAGAUGGAGGUGAUGGAGGCCAAGAAGCUGGUUGUUCGCGGGACGGUCCGGGCGAGGCAUGCUGCGGAGGAGGCCAUGACUGCGCCAGCGGAUACCAAGAGCUACCAGGAUCAAAAGAUCGAAUUGGGCCAGACAUUCGGUACGAGAAAGGCCAAGAAGGCCAUCGAAUCCAACGCCAUGAACGCCAUCGUCCAAGACAAGGUCGGCGCGGAUGGGUCCCAAAAGCUGGACGCGGCCUCCAAGGCGACGCUGUCCCAGAUCGGCGAGGCCACGGCGUCCAUGGCGACGCGGGAGCAACUCCAGGCGGCCAUCGACGAGUCCAAGCCGGUGCCGCCGGCCAACCUGGAGGCCGAGGAGAUCGCCGACGUGUACGACCCGAACGUGUUCAUCGGGGCCGAGGUGCUCAAGGCGGUGCCGGUGCGCGACUGGCACGAGGCGACGCAGCGCAACGACGAAAUCCAGGUCAUGUCGCGGUACGUGGCGGCGCGGGUGCAGGCCAUGGGGGUGCAGGACCGGGCGCUGGAGAAGCUGCGGCUGCUGCGCUACCUCCACUUCCUGGUCGUCUACUUUGUGCACACCAAGGAGGGCCGGCAGAAGGGCACGCGGCGGAUCCCGCCCAAGGAGAUCAUGGCGCGGUACCUGGCGCCGGCGCCGCCGCCCGUGGUGGAGCACAUCCGCCGCAAGUUCUCCGAGGGCGGCGAGAUGUGCAAGUUCCACAUCGACCUGCUCGCCACCCACUGCUGCGUGCUCACCUGCCUCCUCGACAACUUCGAGACCGACCCGCAGGACAUCCGCGAGGACCUGCGCCUCGACCAGAAGACCAUGAACCAGUACUUCCACGAGAUUGGGGCCCGCGUCCUGCGGCGGAAGAGGCCCGGCGAGACCAAGGCGCGCACUGUCGUCAAGCUGGCGUUGCCGUUGCAGUUUCCGAAGCAGAGCAGGGGGGCGCCGAAAAAGCGAAGAUGAAAAAACGACGAACUACGAGAUGGGCUGUCCGGUCUCUAUUGUUUUGCACUCCACUGCUGGAUGUGGUAGUCAGACGGAAGACCGGGGGUACGGAUGGCUUAAAUGGGUUCAGCACAGCAUGGGGCUUUGGCGCAGAGCUGCCCCAGAAAAAGUCAAAGUGACAGUGGCAGUUGUGGUGAUACUCCCAUGUUACGGUGUCACAUAUACAUCAUAUCGGGUGAAGGAAACCCACUCAGUGUUGCUGCUUUCAAGGAGUUGGGAGAAUGGGUAAGGUCAGGUAGGUACCUUAUAGAUUGCAUUUUCAUAUAGGUAGCUAUCUACGCGGGAGGGGGGGGGG